ACUGGCGAGGUUCUAUGGUGCCUGCGGUGACGUAAUGAACAUGCUCCCAGGAUCCGCUUGACAGUCUGCAGCUAAACAACAUACUUGGAAGUUGAAAAACUUUCCUGAACUAACUCAUUUAAAAGACUAUAGAAAAGUGAUCUUCUCCCAUUUUAAAGCGUAUAUAGCUAGGGGUUCAAAUGUGUAAUUAUUGAUGGAUUCGAGGUAUGAAAUCAAGCGGAUGGCCGGUGGCGGGGGAUCAGCGAAUGCUUCCCCCGCUUUGGGGGCACAGUCUCGCCGCAGGAAGAUGCCGCCGAGGCCCGCUGAUUACAAACUUCAAAUUAUCAUUAUCGGCUCCCGUGGCGUGGGAAAAACCAGUCUAAUGGAAAGAUUUACAGACGACACUUUCUGUGAAGCAUGCAAAUCAACUGUUGGAGUAGAUUUUAAGAUCAAGACGGUGGAGCUGAGAGGGAAGAAGAUCAGGUUGCAAAUCUGGGAUACAGCUGGUCAGGAGAGGUUCAACAGUAUAACCUCCGCCUACUACCGUGGGGCCAAAGGGAUAGUACUGGUCUAUGACAUCACCAAGCAGGAAACCUUCGAUGACCUUCCGAAGUGGAUGAAGAUGAUCGACAAGUAUGCUUCAGAGGAGGCAGAGCUGCUGCUAGUUGGGAACAAGCUGGACUGUGAGACAGACCGCAUCGUCACUAAACAGACUGCCGAGAGGUUUGUCUCCAGGAUAUCUGGGUUGCGAUUCUGCGAGGCCAGUGCCAAGGAUAACUUUAACGUGGAGGAGUGCUUUCUAAAACUAGUGGACGACAUUCUAGCAAAGAUGCCUCUGGAGAUUCCCAGUAGGGAGCUUUCCAACAGUAUCCUGUCUCUGCAGCCUGAACCAGACGUUCCUCCUGAGUUCAACCCGCCACGCAUGCGCUGUUGCUGAGACCCCCCUACCCCUACCCCUUCCACCUCCACCAUCCUCCAUCCUCCCUGCUGAGACCCCCUACCCCUUCCACCUCCACCAUCCUCCAUCCACCCUGCUGAGACCCCUACCCCUUCCUCCAUCCACCCUGCUGAGACCCCCUACCCCUUCCACCAUCCACCCUGCUGAGACCCCCUACCCCUUCCUCCAUCCACCCUGCUGAGACCCCCUACCCCUUCCACCAUCCACCCUGCUGAGACCCCCUACCCCUUCCACCAUCCACCCUGCUGAGACCCCCUACCCCUUCCACCAUCCACCCUGCUGAGACCCCCUACCCCUUCCACCAUCCACCCUGCUGAGACCCCCUACCCCUUCCACCAUCCACCCUGCUGAGAC